UUUUUCAUGUGUCCGAAAAAAUAUACGAAUAUUUUAACCCUCUACUGCGCCAUUUUUUUACAGAGCUGGGAAUUUUAUUCUAGGCUAAUUUUGAGCCAAAAAUGACAAAAAAAAUAAUGAAAAGCUCGAUACAGUUUUCCUUUAGCCGGAAAACUCGGAAAAUUACACCCCGCCAAAAGGCGGUCUUGCGUGUAUUUAUGCCUUCCUUCAGCCCGCCAAAAGGCGGUCUUGCGCGCUAACUACAGUUCUCACUAAAGAGGAUAUUUUCGUAUUUUUCCUGUUUUCAAUGUAAUUUCAACUUCUAGACAACAUAACAAUAAAACUUCACGUUGAAAUAUAAUAAAACUUUGGCAGAACAUAGCUUUGAGUAUCCUAUCUCCGCUGGUAUAUAACAUAUAGGCCAACAUUUCUUGUGAGGGAUACUUCUAGUGUAUAUAUUUAUAUAUGAACCUAUUCUCUAGCAACCCUACGCUUAAUUGUAUUGAAAAUCUCCCUGAUUAUAGUCCUAGUUAUCCUCCUUUCAUCGGAAAUAUAGCAUGUGGGCCAAUUUAUCUUGUGAAAGGUACCUCUAGUGUACCUAUUUGAAGUCAGAAUGAGGAAAACUGAUAAAGACUCAAUUUUCUAGACUUAUUUCUGGGCAGCCCUACACUGGAUUUUAAUGAAAAUAUCCCAGACGAUAGUCUCGGAUGUACCCUUUCCAACGGUAUGUUAGAAGUGGUACUUUUGAUGUACAUAUUUCAAUUUGGAAUGAAGAAAUAUUAUGAAAACCGCCAAAAGGCGGUCUUGCGAAGUGUGAAUUUUUUCUUUCCUGUACUCUGAGCUUACCCGAAAAAAAUGUGAAUUCAGAAAAAAUAAAUUCUCAAAAUUGCACAAAAUUUCACUUUUGAGGGCCCAUAACUCGGCCCCGGCUUGACAUAUAUUAUAAAAUUUAUAUGUCAAUUUGAACCUAAAGGCCUAUCCAAUGCAACUCUACCAUAUUUUCGAACAUCUAAAUCAUGGUACUCAAAUUAUGGGCCAUUUUGUGCACCCCGCCUUUUGACGGUCUUACGAACUAGAGGGUUAAGUUCAACAAAAUGCAUUCACACAAACAAUAUUUGCAUACACACAUUGUUUUCUUUGUGUGAGUUUCUGUGGUCAAUUUUUGAUGAUGACGCAUACAUACAAUCGAACUGAAUCAAUCGACUUAGCACUGAAAUACAAUGAACACACCGACGUAUGUUCUAGAACGUUCUUUUGUAUUGUUUCAUUUGGCCAACUCUUUGAAACCAACCGAUAUAAAUCUUUUUUUUUUCAUUAUUUUUUCACAUGAAACUUUUUUUUCUAUAAAUUAAUCAAAUUUUUAGAUUUACGGUGAAGAAAUUUUUUUUUGUCAUAUUAAAUCUCAUUGAAAUUCUCUAAAUAUAUCAAGCGCUCUUCAUGUCUUUCUUUUCUUCAUAUAUGCUAUGAACUUUCGUUCAAAACGUUCGCGUGUCUGGUUAGUUUUUCAUUUGAGCGCUGCCUUAUAAUUCGCUAAACUUCGAAUUUGCAUGAAACAGUAUAAAUAGCUUCUGACAUUGGUAUAUAAUUGCCGGCUUAUUGCCACAAGGCUUUGUCGUCGGUCCGUACAUUAUACCACCUUGGUGGGUGCAGUUUACCGCUCAAUAAUGUACGAAACGGAACCGACUACACAUUCAUGCUAUGCGCUGAAUGUUGUCCCGUUUCGUACUGAAGAGGCUGGCUACUUACGAGAGUCACGAUGGGGUAAUAACUUGAUUCAUUUGAGCGCUGUCGACCAAGUUAUUACCCAAAAACAAUUCAAUGAGUUGGUUCAUGUGAAUGAAUAAAAUAUCAACCGUAUGUCGAAUUCAACUGAUGCCCAAACACACUGCGCAUUCGAUGCGAUACGAGAAGCCGUAUAUAUCGGGAGAGAUGACAAACGAUAUACUACUGAAAAAACGGAUAGUUACCGAUUCAAAGCACUCCAGUUCUUUCGAACGGAUUCGCCGAAUUGUGCGCGUCCUAUACUGUAAGAAUAGUCUAUUACGACUUUUCAGCAGUCAAUGUCACGACUUAGAACUAAGUUCUAUAAUGGUAUUAUUGUUACUGAGCAACUCACUCCCCGAAUAUAUAUGGAAUCCGCAAUGCUAAUAUACUUUUCUUUGUGAAUUCGUCGCCUUGCGAAUUAUAACAAGCGUCAAAGUGAAAAAUUCAGAAUUUCAUUUAGCGUGUGUUGAAACGCGACAGCUAGCUGUUACGUUCAUAUAUCGAUAUCUCACUCUAACAAGAAAGACGAACGAAGCGACAGCAACACCAAUACACAAGUGAUCUUUUGCGAUGUGUGACUGUAGUGAUUUUGCGUGAAUCAUAUCUGUUGUGAAAAAUAUGUUUACUGAUUCGUACAAUAGGCUAUGUCAACGUUAACAUAUUUUGAACAAUUAACAUUGAAUAUGAUGAUAUUUAAUACAAGGAAAACAGUUGCGAUAUUAUUAAAAGCCCCCAAAAUAGGUAUUUAUCGGUACUGAUUUACCGAAGGAAUGUGGAAAAUGAUUGAAAUCGAUAGUGUGGCAUUUGUGUUGGUAUGUAUAUGUGUAGCGGUUUUUGGCUGUAAAUAAACGAUUAUUCCGUGAAAUACAAAUGAAUUCGAUUUCUUAGUUUUUCUAAAAAAAAAACACAAUCCAUAUGUUCUCGGUUCACUUGCCGUUUAACAAUCAAAAUGACAUUAAACUACUCUUUUUUCUUCUUCUCAAUCCGUAUCGUCCGGUGACUGAAAUCACCGUCUGUUCUCACACGUAAUAAUAUUCAUUCACAAUUCACUUUUUUUUAUUAAUUUACUCGCGUCAUUCCUCUUGUUCUUCUCAACGACGUCUCUCAAUUACGCGAUUUUAGUCGAAGAAUUCAAAUUUUUUUUGGGGGGUAGUUAAAGCACGCGUUCGAUGUGAGUGUUUUUGGUUGCUAUUGCAAUCGCUGGAUUGACAUAUGGCACGUGUGUGAUAAUGGAAUAUUCAAGAAUAAGGCAAUUCUAUCAUACAUGAACUCUGAGCACUGAGUGAAUGCGAUAACAUUGUUGGCUACUUAAAAAUGUUAAUUUCAUAUAUUGCAAGAUGAUGUUAUGUAUUGGGAAGAACAUAUUAAAUAAUUCAUGAUGCCAAUCGAAUUAUGAAUAAAUCAAUAAAAUCGAGGAAAUUUUUUCCUAGACAACCAAUUGCACUUGAUUAGUAGUAUUGUUUUUUUUUUCAAAUUCAUUCUUGCUUGUUUCUUUAUCCUCAUUCAUAUAAUCAUAUGAUUGCACUAGUUUUUCAAUUAUUUUUCUCUAUGUAUCCACACGUACAUUGUAAUCUAUUUGCUGAUCAUGUAACUAACAACAUAUUUUGGUAGUGUUUAGCUUCUUCUUUCUUUUUUUUCACAUUUCUGGUUCCAAAAUGUGGACUCACUAACCGAACUACGGUUCUUUCGCUGUGUGUGUCAUAUUCAACAAUGUUUUUAUCACUUGUUAUUUCGUGUGCGUGUGCGUAAAAAAGUGUUUUCGUUGCGUACAAGCACUGCAAUUGCAUUAACCGUGCAAAGAAGAAUUUUUUAUCGGUGUUUUUUUUUUCUUAUCAACUCAUACCAUAACCGAGUGAAUUCUGCAACAAAGAAAAAAAAACAGACUCAAUGUAAAGGAAAUGUUCCACUUUUUUAUAUUUGAAUCUCAACUUAAGAAGAAAAAAAAAGAGUUGAAAUUCAAAACAUAAGAAAAAAAGGGAAACUAUUACAAAUGACAUCUAACGGGCAUCGAAAACUUCAAAAUACAACAUCAUUAUCAAUACCAUUGUCCGUGGACGAUGAAAUGAUCGAUAUCACCCCAAGAAAUCCAAACUAUUCAUCAGCAAUGGAAUCAACACAAUACGAAAGACAUAACAACUCACCGCCUUUACACAGCAGCUCAUAUGCACGUGAUCGAGAGCUCAACGAUGCUGAAGGUAGCAUACUAUUCUAUGGAAGUAGUGCGGAUGGUGAUGAUAUACCGGGAAUCGGGCAAUAUGAGGAUUUCCACACGAUUGACUGGCAACGUGACAUAGCCAGAGAUCGGAUGAGACAUCGAUACAUAGUGAAAAAAAUUCAAGACUCUGUAUGGGACUUUUUAAAAGGUGCACAUGAUGCGUGGUCAGGCUGGUUAUGUGUUUUACUAGUUGGUUUAGCGUCAGGCGGUGUGGCUGGUGUGAUUGACAUUGGCGCGAGUUGGAUGACAGAUUUGAAAUUGGGCAUCUGUCCGCAGGCAUUUUGGUUGAAUCGUGAACAAUGCUGUUGGUCAUAUUCAACAAACGAAACGAACUUCGACAGUGGAAACUGUUCACAGUGGCUUACGUGGUCUGAAGUGAUGGGUAGCUCACGUGAGGGGGUAGCUGCUUAUAUAAUUUCCUUCAUAUGUUAUACGGCGUGGGCGUUAUUCUUUGCAUUUUUGAGCGCAUCGCUUGUACGAAUGUUUGCACCAUAUGCAUGUGGUUCCGGUAUACCUGAGAUUAAAACAAUUCUCUCCGGCUUCAUCAUUCGAAGUUACUUGGGCAAAUGGACGUUGCUAAUCAAAUCAGUCGGUUUGAUGUUGUCAGUAUCGGCUGGUUUGUGUUUGGGAAAAGAAGGCCCAAUGGUUCAUAUCGCCAGUUGUAUCGGCAACAUUUUAUCAUAUCUAUUUCCAAAAUACGGUCGAAACGAAGCGAAAAAACGUGAAAUUUUAUCAGCCGCCGCCGCAGCAGGUGUAUCAGUCGCCUUCGGCGCACCAAUCGGUGGUGUACUCUUCAGUUUGGAAGAAGUCUCUUAUUAUUUUCCAAUGAAAACAUUGUGGCGAUCAUUCUUCUGUGCACUCAUAGCCGCUUUCAUCCUGCGAUCAAUCAAUCCAUUCGGCAAUGAGCAUACCGUACUGUUCUUCGUUGAAUACCGUAAACCAUGGAUCUUCUUUGAACUGGUGCCAUUUGUUGCACUUGGCAUUAUGGGCGGUAUCGUUGGCACCAUAUUCAUCAAAGGUAAUCUGUACUGGAGCCGCUUCCGCAAAUCAAGCAAACUUGGUCAAUAUCCAGUCACUGAAGUUGUUGUGAUCACACUCAUAACGGCAAUCAUUUCGUAUCCAAACCCCUACACCCGUAUCAACAUGCCCCAACUGAUCCUAUUACUGUUCAGUCAAUGUGGAAUUUCAAACAGUGAUCCUUUGUGCGAUUACAACCGGAAUUUCACAGAUGUAAAUUCUGCCAUUGAAAUUGCCGCGGCUGGACCGGGUGUAUACAAAGCAAUUUGGCUGCUAAUAUUAGCGUUCAUUGUCUAUCUCGUUUUGACAAUAUUCACAUUCGGCAUAAAAGUUCCUUGCGGUCUCUUCAUUCCAUCACUCACACUUGGCGCUAUAAUCGGACGAAUUGUUGGCAUUGGAAUGGAGCAAUUGGCGUAUAAUUAUCCAAAGAUAUGGAUUUUCUCUGGUGAAUGUUCAACGGGGGAUAAUUGUAUAACGCCUGGGCUGUAUGCGAUGGUUGGAGCGGCGGCUGUGUUGGGUGGUGUUACCAGAAUGACAAUUUCGUUGAUUGUUAUUAUGUUUGAGUUGACUGGAGGUGUAAACUACAUUGUACCACUGAUGGCUGCCGCAAUGGCAUCCAAAUGGGUUGGCGAUGCACUCGGUCGUGAGGGCAUUUAUGAUGCACACAUUGCUCUAAAUGGAUAUCCAUUCCUAGGCAAAGAGGAAUUUGCCCAUACCACACUAGCUGCUGAUGUAAUGCAACCAAAACGAAACGAGACAUUGUCGGUGAUAACUCAAGAUUCGAUGACGGUCGAUGAUAUUGUGAAUUUGCUUAAGGAGACCGAACAUAAUGGUUAUCCGGUUGUUGUGUCAAAAGAGAGCCAAUACCUUGUUGGUUUCGUUCUACGUCGUGAUCUAAAUUUAGCCAUCGCCAAUGCAAAACGUUUCAUCGAUGGUAUCACUGGACAAUCGAUUGUGUUAUUCACAUCAAUGGCACCAGUACAAAAUCUAGGUCCACCGCCGUUGAAUUUGAAAAAGAUCUUGGAUAUGGCGCCAAUCACGGUGACCGAUCAAACGCCAAUGGAAACUGUUGUAGAUAUGUUCAGAAAAUUAGGAUUACGGCAAACAUUGGUCACGCACAAUGGGCGUUUGCUCGGCGUUAUCACCAAGAAGGAUGUGCUGCGGCAUGUGAAGCAGAUGGACAACGAGGACCCAAAUACGGUGUUAUUUAAUUAAACAAUUCAAAAGAAAAAGAUAUGAUGUGUGUAGAAAAUUGAAAAUAUGCAAGAUGUGAAAAUAUUUGUUUGUGAGAUCAAGAAAUUGAUUUUUGUGUCAGAAUUAGAAUAAUACGGAUCAUUUGUAUAAGUUUAGAUAAAAUGAAAAUGCGAGCUCUUAUUAAAUGUAAAAAAAAAACAACAAAAAUAUUUGAAGAAUCUUGUAAUUUAAAUGAAUUAAUUUAAAAAUUGUAUAAUUUCAUUUUUAAACUUAAAACAAUUAUUUUAAUAAAUAAAAAACAGAAA